GGAAAUAAUAAAACUUCCUUUCGCAAAGCAGAGGAAAAUUGUGUAUAAAAACCUCAAGAAAAUGGCUAAAAACCACAGUCGAUACAAAGACUUCGAACGAAAAUAUUACGAAAGUAAAAUAAACUCUACAUUAACCGUAAAAAGUUCUAUUCGAAAACCAAAAAUAUCCUCUAGAAAAUACAUAUAAAAAUAACUUAAAUUUUAUUUUUCAAAAAUCUCUGAUCAUUUAAAUCACAGAAAACUUGAGUGACAAUGUUAUUGGGUUCUUGGCAGUUGAAAACAACUGUCUAUGUGCUAUUUUUGGCUUUGUGUGUAGGCCAAGAACUUAUUCGUACUUGUGAACGUGAUUACUGUUAUGAACGUUCUGCGGAGAGCCGCAGAGAAGAUCUAAAUGAUUUAAGAGUGGAGUAUCGAGCACGCAGUGAAAAUAUUGAAAGCAAAAGAUCACAAGAACUUGUAAAAGAUCAAAAUCGUAUUGACAUUGGUAAUAGUCGCAUCAAUGCUCUCGAUGAACGUCGUGAACAUUAUCGUCGAGAAGAGACUAUUCUGAAUGAACCUCGUCAACGCCAGAGCAUUAAAGAGGAACGUCGUGAAACUUUACGAAGAUUAGAUGACCGAGAUCUCAUUAGACACUCAAAUGAGAACCGAGAUCAACGUGAUGAAACUAAACGAGAAAGAACGGAACGUUAUGAUCAUUUAAGGAGAGAAGAGCUUCGUGAUGCUGAACGUGGUAUUAGAUAUUGUGUUGAUGAACGUCAAAAUUUCCUAAGGCUACUUGAUGACCGUGAAACUCAACGUUAUAUUAACCGGUAUUCUGAGGACACUCGUUUUUCCGAUGAACAUCUUUUACAAAGAAACCGGAAAUCAAUAGAAAGUCUAGAUGAUAAUAAACGCGAACGUGUAGAGCGGGAUGAAACAUUAAGAAGUCUCGAUGACCGACAAGCAGAAGAUACUCGACAGUCUCAACGUAUAGACGAGCGUCUCUCCGAACAACGUCAAAUUGGCAAUCGUAAUGUUGAUAGACGAGCAGAUACUACUCUCCAGUCUCAACGUAUAGAUGAACGUGACUCCCAAAGGAAACAUAAGUUAACACAACGUCGUGAUGAAAAUAAACCGGAACGUGAAGAACGCAAAGUACUUUCAAGAGUUCUCAAUGAACGUGAAGCCCGACGAGAAAAUAAUAGGCUUUCAGAUAACCACCAUGAACAAGUAGCUCGUGACGAAUCUUCAAGACAACUUGAUGACCGCAGACAAGUUCAGCCUGAUGUUAGCAGAAUUGGCAAUCGUGAAACCCACCAUAAUUUUAAUAGACGAGCAGAUAAUACCCUCCGAUCUCGACGAAUAGAUGAACGUCUCUCCCAAAGGAAGCGUGAGUUAACACAACGUCGUGAUGAAAAUAAACAGGAACGAGAAGAACGACAUGUAUUUUCAAGACGACUUAGUGAGGGUGAAAAUCAACGAGUAUUUAAUAGGCAUUUAGGAGACAAUAAUGAGAAACAUAAAGCUCAGCGUGAGACUAGAAGGCGUGAUGAUGCUACUAGUGAAUUUCUUAGAAUUAAUGAACGACUAUCGGAAAGGGAACAUGAAGCAACUCAACGUCGUGAUGAAAAUGAAAGAGAUGAAACUUCCAGACGACGUGAUGACCGUCAUGUCCAAAGAGAUGUUAGCAUACGUUUAGUAGAUAAUCGUGAAGAACUUCGAGUUGACAAUCGCAAAACUCAUCGUGAUGUUGACAGACGCUCAGAUAUUAAAAUUGAUUCUCAAAGGGAACGUGUAGAACGACUUGAAAGGCAAGAAACUAUAAGAUUUGAUGAUCGUCCAGUACAACGUGAAGUUAACCGACGUUCAGAUGAUAUUCGCCAGUAUCGACGUUUAGAUGUUAAUACUGAUUCUCAAAGGGAACGUGUAGAACGACUUGAAAGGCAAGAAACUAUAAGAUUUGAUGAUCGUCAAGUACAACGUGAUGUUAACCGACGUUCAGAUGAUAUUCGCCAGCAUCGACGUUUAGAUAUUCAGAAAACUUCGCAACUUUCUCAGAGAGAGCAAAGUGAAAUUGUUAGACGUGAUACUCGAGAAGAACGAGAAGUAAGGCAAAAUCGUCGCCAAAAUGAAUAUGAGUCUUUGAGGCGUGAAUCACUACGACAAGAAAGCAGACGUUCAGUUGGUAAUCGCGAGGAACGUCAAGAAACUUUAAGGCAAGUAAGGCUUUCUGAGAAUACACCUGAAUCUGAACGUCUACUCCAAAAUAGACGCGAACGACAAGAACGUGGAGAAACUUUAAGACGUCUUGAUGAUAGUCCAGCUUAUCGUGACAUCAGUAGGAGGUCGGAAUAUGACCGGGAAGACCGUCGAGAAUCUUUAAGACAAUUAGAUGAACAACGUAUGGAUGACAGAAGGCUUGAUGACAGUCAAUCCCAUCGUGAAAGUAAUAGACGUUUUGAAGAUAACCGCGAAGAUCAAAGUAAUAUCUACAGAAUUUCGAAAGAUAAUCGUGAAGAUCGCCAAACCGAACGAGAUGAAAGCGUUCGUUUAAAUGUUAUUCGCAAAUCAGAACGUGUCUUCCAAAGGGAACGAGAACAAACAGAAACCGGCAACACAUUCAACCGAUUUGUUGAUCGUCAAACCGAGCGUGAUGUUAUUAGACGUUCAGAAGACAUCAUUGAACAUCGUCAAUUUAGACGAGAAGGUCAACGUGAAGUCAUUAGGCAUUCAGAUUAUGAUUCUCAACGCACAGAUAAACAUAUUUCUCUAAACGAACGUGAUUCAGGAGAUCGUGGUGAAGAACACAAUCGAGAACGAAUUGAACGUCAAACCGAGCGUGAUGUUAUCAGACGUCCAAAAGACAUCAGUGAUGAUCGUCAAUUUAAAAGAGAAGCUCAACGUGAAGAUUAUGAUUCUCAAAUCACAGAUAAACAUCUUUCUCUAAACGAACGUGAUUCAGGAGAUCGUCGUGAAGAACACAAUCGACAACGAGUUGAACGUCAAACCGAGCGUGAUGUUAUCAGACGUUCGGAAGGCACAGAUAAACAUCUUUCUCUGAACGAACGUGAUUUAGGAGAUCGUCGUGAAGAAAACAAUCGAGAACGAGUUGAACGUUAUGAAACUUUAAGACGAUCUGAUGACCGUGAAACUGAACGAAAAGUAAAUCUACGUUUACAAGAACAACCUACCCAAAGAGAACGAAAAGCUGAACGUCAAAACGAAGAGCGAGAACAUAGAAGAGAACGUGUGGAACGGCAAGAACAAAAAUCUCGUAUUUUCCAAAUAGAAUUUGAAAAUAAACGAAACGAUGUUGAAGAACUUAAUACCGAGCGCACUUUUAUACUCAAAGCAAAUAAUGAUAAUAACAAUCAACGUAAUUACCGUUAUAUCGAAGAUGACUAUGCUAUGAAACCAACUCUAUUCCUCAAAAAGAGUUACUUGUUCUUCGGUCAAGGUGUGAUCUUGGCAUUUGUAAUUAUGAAAACUCUUAAUGGCAAAGAUGAUUUAAAAAACCAAUUACCCCAAAAACUACGUACGGCUGUUGAUAUGAUAGGCUUCUAAGGAAAUGGAAUAUGUACAAUUGAAAUUCUACUCAACUUGGCAAUGGAACAAAUACUGUAUAUAAUUAUAUAAGAGAAAUCAAAGACAAAAAAUGUGUACCUAAAAGCAAGAUUAUUUUAUUUAAAUAUAUUAUGAAAAACUUAUCAAUUUAAUCCCCAUACAAAUAAUUUUGUGAGCAACGAGUUUAACUAAUGCAAAAAUAUGUUGUAUUGUAUAAAAUAUUAUUAUCGAAAUACAUAUAAAUAUUUAUAUAAAUAUAUAAUAAAUAUAUAAAAAUAUUGUUAUUAAAA